UGCUGCAGUACUCGUGUUCGGCCACCAGGUGUCGCCUGUGUUACAGUCUGUUCCCGCCGUGCAAACAGGAAGCAGAAGAAGAAGCGGUGACGCGUUGUGGUCACAGCUGAUCGUGACGUCAUUCAGCAACAUGGCGGACUGGAACAGAGGUCAUGGUUCUGUUGACGACAUGUUGGACACUGAGAACAAACGUCUAUCAGAGAAUCUGGCAGCGAAAGUCUCCCGACUGAAAUCUCUGGCGUACGACAUCGACAGAGAAGCUGAUGAUCAGAACGAGUAUCUGGACGGCAUGGACUCAAACUUCCUGAGUGCGACGGGCCUGCUGACCGGCAGCGUGAAGCGGUUCUCCACGAUGGUCCGGUCCGGUCGGGACAACCGGCGGAUCCUCUGCUACGUCUCCGUCGGUCUGGUUCUAGUGUUCUUCAUGUUCUACUAUCUGGUCUCCAGGAUCCAGCGCUGACUCCAGAACCGGACCGGACGCUGUAGACCAGGGGGGUCAAACAUGAGGCCCGCGGCCCAGAACCGGCCCGCCAAGGGGUGGCCCAGUUUCCUUCCUU